GGGCCCUCGUGCUCUCCUUGGACUGCGUUUUCCAUAAUGCAUCCGGGCUAGGAACCGGAUUUGUCGCUUGCUGAACGAAUCAAGAGCUCGCGCUCCGUGGCCAGCGGGAGCUACUUAACUGCUUCCCUUCAGGCGAGAACGCCCCGCGUUCCUGGCGCCUGUUGCUCCCUCUCCGCCUUGGCGUCGGACCCGAGGCUGGUCGUGGGAAGCUUGAUGCGGGUUGCCAUCUGGUUUUGUGAGGCUGGGAGUGAAGACAAGAACUAAGAAGAUGACUGGAUGGGACCUUAUUUUAUCGAGCAGCCGCAGGCCCCUGCUGCGACCAGCUUUGGCCAUGAUAAUGUUGCUUUUUCUUGUGUCCAUGGGCAUAACUGAAGCUCAGCCCUACCGGACUGAGCCUCGGCGAGAGAAGCGUGUGCAUCCUGACUUUCUAUCCCAAGUGACUCGUGCUUUGAAGGAAACAGUGGAGGAUUUUAUUGGAAGUGAGAACUUUCAGCUAUUAAGUGAGAAUCUUUCUUCUCUAUUCUGGAUAGUGGCCUCUGGAAUCUCGUCAGCUUUAUUUGUUGUGGCUCGAAUUGCAGGGCAGUUCCUUACUUCCUUUGGAAUGGCUGGGGAUCAAUUAACGCAGUUCCUGAAGCUGAGCCCUGAUGAGGUGCAGGUGCUGCUCCUGUGGGGCCUGGCUGCUCUGAUUGGCUACUGGGUGCUGUCAUUCUUGCUGAGUCUGUUGCUUGCCCUGUUGAGCCGCAUCAUGUGGGGAAUCAAGGUGGUUCUUUUUGGGGCCUGCUUCAUUUAUCUCGUCACCAUGGUACCUGACCGCUCUGUGCAAAUGUUGCUUCUGUUUGCCCUGCUGACACUGCAUGUCCUGCUGAGUUGGCUGAGCGGGUCACGCCACUCAGGGUCACAGCUGGAAGCCAAAGUACGCAACUUGCAGCGCCAGGUGGAGGAGCUGCAGCGCAAGCAGAAGCGGUCUCCUAAACACCUGGAUGAAGAAUGAGGUCAAAGGAAGCCUGUAAGGUCAACAUACCAUUCCUAAGUGGCAGCCACCUCCUCCUUUCCUAGACUGUACAUGUGUUUGGAUAUCUGUUCACACACAGCUAUGCAAGAACCCGUCAAUCCUAAAGAGAACUUCUGUACUGGAGAGGGAAUGCAUCUGAGACAGUAAAACUUACCAGCUGAUAUCCAGUAACCCGUUCAAAAGUAUCUUCUCCCACCCUUGUCCUCAGUCAUGUAUGUUUUUCACGACCCUAUUCUUGUAGAAGAGAAAAUGGUAGGCUUAGAGCAUCCUUCCCCAACCCUGUGCCCUUUAGAUGUGUUGGAUUGCAACUCCCAUAGUCCCCAGACAGCAUUGCCAGUUGGGCUAUGAGAGCUGAGUCCAGCACAUCUGAAAGACAUUAAAUUGGGAAGGCUGUUCUAGACCUACCACCUUCAAGCUCUAUUUAACACCUGGCUCAUGGUUGGCCAUUUUGUUUCUUUAAGGGUGGCAGACUUGGAGGUAGAUCUGCUAAUCCUUUUUAAAUUAAGUAAACUGUUUAGCACUGCAAUCUGAGGAUAAAAGUAUGGAGUGUUGCAUGUUUCACCUUGAGGAUCUUUGCUAUGGAUGUUGCAUCAGUGUCUGUGUGUACUUGGCAGUAAAGCCAGGUGCCUCUGUGAAAAGCACAGCUGGUUGCUCCCUUUGCAGUUGCAGCAUCAAACCAGUAUGUUAUGUGUAUGUUUGGGAUCAUGGUAUUGAGCUCCCACCUCCUUGCAAACCAAAGAUGCCCAUUAAAAGCAAGCCUGCACAGUUUCCUUUUGCACACUGCGCUACAUGAGGGGUGCAUUGCGCUUCAUAAUACAAUGACAACUACAGUUCACCUGUCUGUUCUGGAUGGAAAUAAGCCAUAGGUGAGGGACGAAGUGAAUGUACACAGCUCUUCCUUCCUGACAGAAUGUUGUACCACCAAGAAGUGGAAUGACAAACACAGAUAUGCUUUUUCUCCUGCCUGUUUGGGGAAGGAGGCAUGACUUCGUGGUGUUAGCCACAUAUUGGUUGCCAAUGUAUUUUUUUAAGCUACCAGUUUUAAGCCAAAUAUUUUGUUACUCUUCCAAAUAAAGCUUAUUUGAUCAUUUUCUCUA